AUGAAUCCUGUAAUCCCAGCAUCUAGUGCUCGAAAAGAUUACACAGGAAUGUAUCUUGUCGAAAGAAGAGCAGAACCAUGUCUGGCAGAGGCAAAGGGUCUCGGAAAAGGUGGCGCUAAGCGUCACAGGAAGGUUCUUCGUGACAACAUCCAGGGCAUUACCAAGCCUGCAAUUCGUCGCCUUGCUCGCAGGGGAGGCGUGAAGCGUAUUUCCGGCCUCAUCUAUGAGGAGACUCGCGGGGUGCUGAAGGUAUUCCUGGAGAACGUCAUCCGGGACGCCGUCACUUAUACCGAGCAUGCCAAGAGGAAGACUGUCACCGCCAUGGACGUAGUUUAUGCUCUUAAGCGCCAGGGCCGCACUCUCUAUGGCUUCGGAGGUUAA